UACAACUUGUACGUACUUUAUCACACCAGAAACACGAGCAAUUGUAUAAAAAUAGUGCUAUGUGUCUUUAAUUAUAGUUCUGCGGUGACAGCCAAGCCAUUAACAACCGGAUGGAUCGUAUUGUUAACUGGCAUUCUUGUAAAGCUAUCUGACACAAAUGGAAAUGUCAAAUUGAUUAUUGCAACGGUCGCUACCCUCGCAGAAAUACAUCGACGCCAAGGUUUUCUAUCUCCGUUGAUAAUCAAAAACCAAUAUCAACUGUUGACGUCAAGAUUAGAAUUCUUUACAAUCAAGAGUAGCGUAAAUAUAAAAAUUUCGAAUUUCGAUAAAUUGAAACAACGACGAGUUAUUGAAUAGAUAAGAAAAUAGUGACAAUGAAAAAAAUGGUCGCGUUAUCUUCAGGAAUAAUGUCACCGAUUGUUGACGACAACGACAACGGUGUUAUUUAUGGCUGAGAGAAUUUGUUGAUAAUGUGGCAGCAGAUGGCAGUUCACAUAGCCGAUUUCGGUCCUGCUUCUAGAGAGUUAUUGUUGUACGGGAACGUUAUCGUUUCAGAAGAACCAACCACCGAGAACUCCACCUCCAUUAUGAAUAAAUCAACAGAAAAUACGUCUAGCCACGAUUUGAUCGCUAGUAAUAAUUUGGGACAAGGAAAUAUUGUCACACCUGGAAUAACGGCAACCGACAUAGCCAAUUCUAAUUCGAUUGAUAUAAAUCUUGGCACGGGUUCCGAUUGCAACAGCCCAUCGCCUAGUCCUACGCCGUCGCCGUGGCCCAGCCCCAGGCCUUAUACUAAGAGAGAACACGUUAAGCAGAACCAUUCAGACUCUGGAAGCUUGACUAAUAGCAAGGAAAUUUCACCAAAUAAAUUAGAUGAUCAACCUUGUCUGGAUUUGGUUAAUCGUUCAUCUGACUCAACUGAAACUGCGCGAAAUUCCGCAAACGAAGUAAAGAAGGAAACAAGAAGCAAUGAUCGUUCGAAAAAAAAGUCAUCCUGGUACAACGUACUAUACCCAACUUAUAAAUCAAGAUCUGAAGAUUUUAAGAGAAUUUUUAAAGACGUUCCUGAUGACGAGCGGCUUGUUGUGGAUUACUCAUGUGCUUUGCAAAGGGAUAUAUUAGUUCAUGGAAGAUUGUAUGUAUCACAGAAUUACAUAUGCUUUUACGCUAACAUAUUUUCAUGGGAAACUUCGGUCUCCCUACGCUGGAAGGAUGUCGCUUCCAUUACGAAAGAGAAAACCGCCCUUGUUAUACCUAACGCGAUACUAGUCUGUACGGAAACGGAUAAAUUUUUUUUAACUUCCUUUGGUGCACGAGAUAAAGCAUAUUUAAUGCUGUUUCGAGUAUGGCAAAACGCACUGAUCGGCCAACCAAUGAGCAUGGCGGAAAUGUGGCAGCUGGUUCACACUUGCUACGGAGAUGAACUUGGAUUAACUUCUGACGACGAAGAUUACGUCCCUCCGUUGUUGUCCUCUGGUGACAAUAAAAAAGUCACGAAUCAAAUUUCCGUUGAAUCAUUCUCAGAAGUAGAAGGCACUGUACCCACAGGGAUCAUGAUACCUCUGGCAAACAAUUCCACUAGUGUCGAACUCCAGAGACGCUCACCCGCCAGAGCUGAGCCAACUCUUGAUCCCACUGACCUUAGCGAUACCACAGAAAGUGAAGCAGAGAAACAUCCAUUAAGAAUCUCCCUCCGGGGCAACGCCGUUUGCUCCGCAGUUCACGAGGGACGACAACUUUGUAAAGUAACAUUGGCCACCCACAUUGAUCAAUUGUUCACGUUGUUGUUUACCAAUUCCAAGUUUUUCCUGGAUUAUCAAACGGCGCGAAAAACUACUGAUCUUGUGCAAUCGGCUUGGACGCAGAACAGUCAAACUGGCGAGAAAUCCCGGACGGUUUCUUUCACAGUUUCGCUCUCACAAUCGGUAGGACCUAAGACUACCCAAGUUACGGAGACGCAGACAAUGCUUCCCUGUAGUCGACCUGGUCACCUUUAUUGUAUAGAUAUCGAAAGCACUAACGCAGGUAUUCCUUAUGCCGAUUCGUUCAGCGUUCAUACGCACUACUGUAUGACGAGUUCUACUGACGGUGAGACAAACUUUGAAGUAUAUUCACAAAUUAAAUACAAGAAGAGUGUAUGGGGUCUUGUUAAAAGUUUUAUUGAAAAAAAUUGUUAUGCUGGAUUAGAGGAGUACUUUAGCAGUUUGAUAAAAGCACUGAGCGUAGAAUGCGAAGAAGGUAACGUUGGCGUUGGAUUAAAACGCAAAACAAGAAGAAGAAGACGACUAACCGGAGCUGCCGCGACACUUCAGACCCAUCCUGUUGACCACUUGCAAUCUUCCCAUCAAGCAGUUACCACAGAUUUGCCACAAGUUUACAAUAAUAAUGUUUCGGGCGUUCGAAAUGAAACGAGCAACAUAGUCAGCUGGGUUCUUCUCUUGGCGGUACUAUGUCUGAUGCUGAUAAACGGUUUACUUUAUUAUAAAUUAUGGGGUUUAGAAGAGGCUGCUGCGUACACAAUUAUGGAUCUGCAUGUUCUCAAAAGCACACCAAAAACGGAGGAAGACUGGAUAAAUCUUUUACAACAACAAGAGAGUCUUCACAAUAUUGAGAUGAAAAAAUGGCAGAGGGUUUUGCACACAGCUGCUCAAUUGUUAAGACAGACAGAAGAAUCAUUAACCGAGUUACAAAUGAGUAUUCAUCCGACGGUAACAGACAAUGUAAUAUCAGUUUUAAAAACUUUAUCUUCAAAUACCAAAUCUUCUGAUUCCGCUUCAAGAGCAGAUCAACGUAGCUACGAAAUGUAAAUUCACAAGUUGUAUUUUUGUUUUAGUAAUAUGUCAUUAAUAAUUAGAACGAAGAAGUAAGAGAAAAAAAGUCAACCGAAGUUACGAUUUAACGUUAACACCAACGUCCUUUUCGUUGUCUACUUAAUUUUAUUUGAUGAAUCAGAACAAGAAAACAAUGACAAAAAUAACAUAUGGUAUUGCACGCAAUAGAAUCGAUUAUGCUCAACGUAAACCUGAAAGAUUUUAUUGUCUGCACGGACGUGUGAAUUUCAAGAUAACUUAAAUGAAAGUAUAAAGUAGCUGAUGGUCUCAUUCAUACUUAUAUUUGACAGUACGAGAGGGAUUAAAAUAGUUUUCCAUAACUUACGGGAGUCACUGCUAGUGCUAGUCCGUGGCAAGUGAAAUGAAUUUUAACAAUUUUGAAAAUAUGGAUUCAAUCUGUAAAUAUUAGUAUUGUUGUUGUUAUUAUUAUUAUUAUUUCAUUAAAGUAUUGAAUUUACAAUUCCUAAUGAUCAACUUUCUCGAUCAACAUUUUACCUGUCAUAUUUAAAUAACGUUAUACAUUAUACUUAUGUAUUAUUUAACAAUUAUUGAUGAUGAAUUUUUUGAGAAUUUGUAAGUUGUUUUUUUUUAUUAUCGUGUAUCGAUUCUGUAUAAUAUAAAAAAAGAAGAAAAAGAAAAAACAAAGCGCGUGCCUGAAGAGUGGAGUUGAAAGAAAAAUCAAGUAAAAGAAUGAAAAACGCGUCGAUGAUUAAUUUAUUCAAACACAUGGUGCAUUUACGAGAAUAGAUUGAUUGAUUGAUUAAAGAUAAGUUUGUUGACCCUGGAGCAAUUGCCCCCACAGAGAGAAAGAGAAAAAAAAAAGAGAGAGAGAGAGAAAGACAGAAUUAGAAAGAAAGGAAAUACGCGGACCAAUUUUAUUUGGUCAUGAUAAUGUGAGACUCGAUGAUAGUUUGUUAGGAAAAGACUAUUAUCUGUCUUAUAUUAUUGAUAAUUAGUCAUCGUACAUUAUAAUAUUAUGUACUAUGUAUAGCACAAUAGAAUUGUCAAGUGGUGAUAAAUAUUAUCUAAUAUUAGGAAUAAAAGAAGAGGAAAAAAAAAUUAGAAAAGAAUUGAAAUAUAGAGGGAUAUUACAAUUGCUAUUCACAAUUUACAUAUUGAAUUAGUAUUUCUUAAGCAUAUUGUAGCGACAGGUAUUAAAUUAUUUGGUAAAAAAUAUUAUGGUAGCAAAAACUUGUAAUUUAGCAGAGCAAAGCUGAAAAGUAGAACUAAACACAAAUAAAAUUAAUUAAUUGGAAUAAUUUUAAUUUACUGCAAACAGAUUAAUAAAUUUAUCUUAACGGCACCUUUAUUUUUAAAUAUACAUAUACCUUUAUUUAAUAUACCUACAUUUUGAAUUGUAAAAUUUAUUUUCUUUCUUUUUUUGUACUAUAUAAGUAGAAGGAGUUAUGUGAAAAGUUGAAAUUUCAAAUUAUGCGCAUGUACAAUUGUAUAACGUUGCAUACAAACAUAUGUUAUUGAUGCAACAAUUGAUCCAGAGGAUCGGUCAGUUGAUAGGUAUACAUUAUUUAAGGUGUAUUAUUACAUUUUAAUCGCGUUGUAGAAAUAACCUGAAUCAAAAUUUUGUACUCAGGGGCAUCUGUUAAUAAAAAACAAAACUCUCCGUUGAUCAA